UAGGAGCAACAGCCCAGCUGCCUUUUUCCUUGCCUCUAAUACACAACGGGAGGUGGUUGGGAUCAACAUGGAAAACUCGAUAAAAUUAAGAAAACUUAGGGAACUUCUUGCUAAAAAUGAUAUUUCUGCUUAUAUUGUUGGACAUGAGGACCCCCAUCAAAGUGAGUACACUGCAAGUUAUUAUAAACGCUUAGAAUUUAUCUCCGGCUUUACGGGUUCCUGGGGCUCCGUUAUUGUUACGACUAAAGAAGCUGCGCUCUGGACUGAUGGCCGCUAUUUUACUCAAGCCAGUAAGCAACUUACAGAUGAUUGGAUCUUAAUGAAAAUGGACUUGGAAGAUACGCCAUCACCAGAGGAUUGGUUAGUGAAGAUUUUGCCAAAAUUUAGAAAAGUAGGAGUUGAUCCUUUUUCAAUACGUUAUAAAAAUUUUGAAGUGUUAAGGAAGAGUUUAAGAAGAGACUCCCUUGAACUCGUUCCAAUCGAUCAAAAUCUGGUAGAUGUAAUCUGGGAAGAAACGGGAACCCGACCAGAUUUACCAAAAGAAAAAAUAUUUGUGCAUCCCAUUUGUUAUUCGGGAAUGGAAAUUUCCCAAAAAUUAUUUUGUGUUCGAGAAAAGAUCCGGAAAUUACGGCGAGAGUGCUUAAUUCUUUCAGAAUUAGAUCAGAUUGCUUGGCUUUUCAAUUUACGAGGGAAAGACAUACCUUUUAAUCCUGUUUUUAUUGCAUAUGCGAUAGUCACGCUGAACGAAGUGUUUCUUUUUAUCGAUAAUGUUAAGCUGGACGAGCAGGUAAAAGCCCACUUACAAGACGUUAUUAUCAAGUCUUAUUCUGAAAUUUCUGUAGAGUUGGCCACUCGUUCCGCUAAUAAUGAAGCCUUUCUGGCCAGCAAUAAAGUGACUUACGGGUUAAUAAAAGCUAUUAAUGAAAACCAAAUUCUGCUGGCAGUUACGCCCGUGGAAAGCUUGAAGGCAGUCAAAAACGAAACAGAAGUGAAAGGAAUGAAGGCUUGUCAUAUCCGGGACGGCGCUGCUUUGUGCUUAUUCUAUUGGUGGCUCGAGAAGCAAAUAGAAGAGGGCAAAGAAGUUUCAGAGUGCUACGCGGCUGACGAACUGGAACGUCUUCAAAGAAAGCAGACCGACUUUGUUUCUCUUUCUUUUACAACAAUAUCUGCUUCUGGGCCGAAUGCAGCCAUCAUUCAUUAUUCUCCUGGAAGGGAAACAUGCUCUAUUAUUGGAAAAAACACACUUUACCUCUGCGAUUCUGGCGCACACUACCGGGACGGCACAACUGACGUGACGCGAACUGUCCACUUUGGAGAACCGACGGCGCACCAGAAGUUGUGUUACACGAAUGUUUUAAGAGGGCAGAUGAACUUAAGCACGACCGUUUUUCCAGAGAAUCUUGCGGGUAGCAACUUGGACGCUUUUGCAAGAACCCAUUUGUGGAAACUUGGAUUGGACUAUAGACACGGCACCGGCCAUGGGGUUGGCUCCUUUUUGAAUGUCCACGAGGGUCCGAUUGGAAUAACUCUCCGCGCUGGAAAAGAAAACUCCCCGCUGGAAGAAGGCAAUAUUUUAAGUAAUGAGCCCGGCUAUUAUGAAGAAGGAAACUUCGGCAUCCGGUUAGAAAACUUGAUGGUGGUUGUCAGAGCCACAACGCCGUUCUCUUUUGAAAAUAAAAAGUUCUUGACCUUCGAAACUAUCACAAAAGUCCCGUAUGAUCGAAAGUUAAUCGACAUCACUAUUUUAACUGAUGAGGAAAUACAUCACGUGGAUGCCUACCAUCAGAGGGUUUGGGAAUCCGUCUCGCCCCUUCUAAAAGCUCAAGGCGAGGACGAUGCGUGCGCUUGGUUAUAUCAAGCCACGAGGCCGUUGCGAGAUUACAAUAAAGUUUAUUAAAGCCC